AUGGGCCACCAAGACAAGAAAGCCAAGUCCCACCGUCGCAAGAGCUCACACUCACGCUCCUCAACACCGUCGGAAGAAGAAGACAAUCGCGACCGCAAAUCAUCGUCCCGUCGUCACUCGAAUCCCGGGCUGCCCCAGGACGUCGAGCCAAUCUCCUCCGAUGACUUCUUCAAGAAAUCUUUGGAGUUCAAGUUCUGGCUUAAGAACAAGAAGAAUAAGUUCAUCGAUCAACUCGAUAGCCAGAAAUCUAAAAAAUAUUUUGAGAAAUUUGUAAGACAUUGGAAUAAGGGUAAAUUGGAUCAAGAUUACUACAACCCGCCUGCACAUUGGAGGACCACGUCAUCGGCUGCGAUGUCUUCCCAUUCGUGGACGUUCAAGGGUGCGACGACACUUGACCGAGAAAAGGCCCGAAUGGCACUACAGGAAGCCAGUAUCGGGCCUUCCUUACCCGCGGGUACUGGACCACCCAAGAUGAUCAUCGGACCCAGUCUGCCUCCUCCAAACCUUCUCCCAUCCUCUUCCUCCUCGACCCUUGCCGAAUACCACUACAAGCUAGACCAAGAGCAUGACUCCAAGGCCCAGGAAACUAUCGCUCGCAAGAACGAGGCGAAGAGAAAGCGGGCCGAGGAGAAGGAAGAAGAGGUCGCUAAUCGGGCCUCGGGCAAAGACAGAUUACUCGAGAAACGGAAGGAGAAAAGAGACGCUCAGAGCGAGUAUCAGCGCCAAAGGGAGGACCCAACCGGCCCCGAACUCGACGAUCGUAACUUGUUCGGCUCCAGCAAUUCUUUCCAGGAGGCCAUCAGGGCUAGAGACCGAGCCAAGGAGAGAAGAACGGGAAAGAACGGGAACAUGAAGAUAGAGAAACAGCUAGUGAUGGCGGAGAAAGUAGCAGCAAUGAAGUCAAAGGAGGAUCAGACAAUGUCCAUGUUCAAAGCCAUGGCUGCCUCCAAAUUCGGUCCUCCUGCAGCCGGAAACCAGUCCCGCUCUUGA